GGGCAAGUGUUCUAUGAUCCAAGACAAGAAGCAUAAAAAUAUAUAAGUUUCUUGAUCACAGAUAUUGAUCUGGUACUAUGGUGUUUUUAAUAUCUUUGUGUGCUUUUGAUAUACUUACUAUGCCCUUAAAGGCCUUACACUCACGCCGAAAAGCCCCGAGAACACCCGAGAUAAGACACGAGAAUGGGAUAUGCUUUAUGUUUCUCGUCUUCUCAUUCCUUUAUAUUGCUUUUUGCCAAGAAAGCUCGGCGAGACUUCUCGGUUUGAGUCUGUACCGCCUGUAAAAGCAUAGAGAAAAAAAUUUUUUAGAUCAUAGAUUUUAUGAAAAUUAGAGGAAAAUUUUAAGGAAAUCAUAAAUGGUGGACAUUACACACAUACUGUACAAUUUAUCAUUUUUUAUUUACUGUAUCGUUAGACGCAUUCAAUGUUAUGUUUAACGGUGUUACUAAUUAUAUUGAAUAUAGUAAUCAUUGAACCAUCUAAUGUGGGUAGUACGAUAUUUUAUAACAGACGGGGGAAAACAGAAUGUUGGACUGAGGAUGAACUGAUGAAACUGAGUGCUCGUAAACUAUUCCAAGGAAUUAUCCCUCCACAAGUUACACCGGAUAAGGUUAACGAUAAAUUCAUUAAAGAAACCCUACGAUAUUAUAAAGGAGCUGUGCGUAUAAGUAAGCAGUCAGUGUCAGACGAUCAGUUGAGAGACUUACUGAAGCAGGCUUUGUUUGAUGCCAUUGGUGGACAUCUACGUAGUGAAAUGCUUCCUACUGUACGCUUCGCUUAUUACGCUGGAUACGUGUCGUAUAAACAUGUCAGACAAAUUCAUGACUUUUAUGAAUCUUCGAAGACCAUUCUUAACACUAAGGGCUUGGGUUGGAGAGAGCCGGAAAAGGUACCACGGUGGUCAAACAUGACUGUCGCUAAAGUUCUCAUCGGUUCUGGGAAACUAUUGGACCCUUGCGCGUAUUUGAUAACUAAACGAGAUUCUAAUUCUUGCAUUAACAUACCGACACCCAAACUCGAUGACCAUAAUGAACCAUCGGCAAUCGCUCUUCCAUUCAACGUCGGUGGCCUAGUCAGUUUGACUUCACCGCAUUCUGAGAACAUCCUAUUAAAAUAUUACACGUCUGCUACAAGGUGUAUACUUCGCAGUUCCCCACAAAAGUGCCGACAUCCUGAUUUUGUUAAUUUCAACAACGAAUUAUGGCACUGGAUGAAGAGAGACAUCGCUCCGCAUCUCUUAGAUGAAAAACUAUACGCUGCAUUUGGUGGCGUAUUGAGAGUAGCUGCUGCCGUUCAAAGUUACGGCAAAGGGUUGUCGCGAAGGAAUCUCUUCGAAUAUCAAGAUUCAGGAAUAUCAAAAUGGCAUCCGUGGAGAGCUUUAUCAGAGUCUUACAUCACCGUCAAUGCCGAUUGGACACCUACGCUCUACGUAGGUAUGGUUCUCAUGGCGGCUCUGCUGAUAUGUAUGCUUCAAGUUUGUUACAAUUAUAUAUUCGGAAGUGAUAAGUGGUGUCAGUGCACAGGUCGUACGAAGAGAAGUCGUCAAGAGGAAGUAACUUACGCAACAGUCGACACUACAUUCCCGUCUAUGCUGCAGACUAAAUACAGCAACGACAAUGAUGGCAAGCGCUACAAAAGAUCUAGAACUAAAACAAAGUCUUCGCACGGCUCCGUAAAGACUCAAUGCGUUUACGACUUCAAUGAAAAUACAGAGAAAUUGAUGGAGAUCAUAAUGAGCGGCAACGAGGGCUCAGAGACUGAUUCGCCACCACUUUCGAAGCGAAUAGUGAGUGACGAGCCUUUUAUUGAAAGUAGAACUGAGAAAUCUAAACAUCACAAGAAUGUACCGGAACUGCAAACGUCAAUAUCUCAGUUGAGGAUAGAAAAGAAACCUCAGCACGAGAAGAGUUCGACAAGGAUGUACACGACGAGUACCGUCAGUCAUUCGGAUAGGACUUAUCUAGAUCGACAUGCUAGCGAGUCUAUGUGGACUGGUUCUGCGAGCACGUCGUCAGACCGUACCGCGACUUCGGAAUAUUCCAAGACGCCGAGUCGAAAGUCGCGUAGUUCCCGUGAUCUGGCUUGGGCUCGUCGCGUGGUCACCAAACACGCCGCUGCCGCCCAAAACAAUAUCCCAUCUACCACCACUACGGACUUUGACAUCAAUUCCUUUACAACACCGCCUUCGCGUAGGUAACUUUUUUUUAUUAGUGAUUAAUUUACAUAAGCAUUUUAUUAAUUUUAUUGUAUAAGACAUGUUGAUUGUUUAAGAUUUAUUUAAGUUUUGUAAGCAAUAAAUUAAUAUUUAUUAAUAUAAAAAACCUGUUUUCAUUUUGCAUUUAUAGGACUGUGCAAUACAAAAGGCAACAAAAUAUAAUAAAACAUACUUAGAUUCUCGAUAAACGUUUAUUUUACAUUUCCAUAAAUAAUCAUUUUACAACAAAAUAUUUAUCGACUAAUUAAAGGUGGAAACAAAUUUAUGCUUCGUCACAUGUUAUUUCAUACAUUAGAAUGAAACGGAUAUAUUUCUGUCACGUCAUAAUAACACAAUACGACAAAAAAUGUGUUUCCGCCUUUUUAUAUAGAUGCACGCUCUUCUUUUAUAUACACGCUCUGUAAUCUGCCCCCUAAUUGUCUAAUUUUAAAUCUAUUGCAAUCG